AUGACCCGCGCCAUCUACGGCUCCAACGCCGUCGAGAACGCGGGCCUAAACCUCUCCGAAACAACCAAAAUCUGCACUCAGAUAUUCUCAGGCCGCGAAGUCACAGCCAAAGACAUAAAUCCCCAAUCACCAGAAUACAUCGCGCAGGUCAAGCUUCUCAUUAAACGCGGCGUCGAGAAUCCAGAAUUCAAGGAUGUGGUGCGUGCUAGAAGAGAGGUAAUCCAACACGCCAAAGCAAUAGCAAUGAACUUUUUAUUUCACGAAUUAGUCACCUGUGAGAAGUUCCUGAGCGAAGAACUAUUCCGCGCGACACACAAAAUAUUAUGCACCGGCGUCCCUCUCGAAAACGGCGACUCCGACACCAACUACGCGGGCGUAUACCGCAACACCACAGUCGCAGCCGGUUCAACAAUCUUCACCGCACCCGCCAACGUCCCUACAGAAAUGGCGAAACUAGUGUCGGGGUUCAACGACGACAUGCGCGCCAUCGCGCAGGGAAAGCAGAUUGACCCGUGUUACCUCGCGGCGGAUAUAUGUCAGGAUUUCGUGAUGGUGCAUCCGUUUAACGAUGGGAAUGGGCGGAUGUGUACGAUGGUUGCGAAUGCGUUGUUGUUCAGGUAUGGCGGGUGGGUGGUGGUGAUUGGGGAGGGGGGGGGGAUAGGGGGGAGUAUUUGA